GAAAUGUCGGCCAAGGAGUUCGUUGGGGGGAGUGACUCUGUGCAGAUUCAGCGCCAAGUCGUUCAUUCAUUGAAUUGAUUCAACGAAGCGCCCCCGAGCUUUAUUUUGCUGACAUUUGCUCCCGUCGGUGGACUUUCAUUCAUCCCUCUCGGACUGCGGUAGCCAGGCCGCCGCGUUGGAGCGAGCGAGGUCAAAUAAGGUGCAACCAUGCCGGCCGUCCGUGGGGAUGGUAUGCGAGGCUUGUCUGUCUUCAUCUCAGACAUUCGCAAUUGUAAGAGUAAAGAAUCAGAAAUUAAAAGAAUAAAUAAAGAACUAGCCAAUAUAAGAAGUAAAUUUAAAGGUGAUCGAACACUAGAUGGAUAUCAGAAAAAGAAGUAUGUCUGCAAACUUCUUUUCAUCUUCCUUCUUGGACAUGAUAUCGACUUUGGCCAUAUGGAGGCUGUCAACCUGCUAUCUUCUAACAAGUAUUCAGAGAAGCAAAUUGGUUACCUUUUCAUAUCUGUGUUGGUCAACACAAAUAGUGAUUUAAUCAAGCUUAUUAUUCAAAGCAUCAAGAAUGAUUUGCAGUCCCGCAAUCCUACUCAUUUGAACCUAGCUAUGCAAUGUAUUGCCAACAUUGGCAGCAAGGAAAUGGCUGAGGCCUUUGGCUAUGAUAUUCCUAAGCUUCUUGUUUCAGGGGAUACUAUGGACGUGGUGAAGCAAUCUGCUGCCUUGUGUCUUCUUCGAUUAUUCCGUACUUCUCAAGAAAUGAUUCCCAGUGGUGAAUGGACUUCCCGCAUUAUUCACCUUCUCAAUGACCAACACAUGGGGGUGGUGACUGCUGCAACAUCGCUUAUUGAUGCCUUAGUGAAGAAGAAUCCUGAUGAGUACAAGGGUUGCAUCAGUCUUGCUGUAUCUCGACUUAGUCGGAUUGUUACUGCUAGUUACACAGAUCUUCAAGAUUACACAUACUACUUUGUUCCUGCACCAUGGCUGUCUGUCAAGUUGUUAAGAUUAUUGCAGAAUUAUUCACCCCCAGAUGACCCAGGUGUUCGUGGCCGACUAAAUGAAUGUCUAGAAACUAUCCUGAAUAAAGCACAGGAAGCGCCAAAGUCGAAGAAGGUUCAGCACUCCAAUGCUAAGAAUGCUGUUCUGUUUGAAGCUAUCAGUUUAAUUAUUCACAAUGACAGUGAACCCAAUCUUCUUGUGCGUGCGUGUAACCAACUGGGGCAGUUCCUAUCAAACCGGGAAACUAACCUCAGAUAUCUUGCAUUGGAAUCAAUGUGUUUACUUGCCACUUCUGAAUUUUCUCAUGAAGCUGUGAAGAAGCAUCAAGAAGUUGUCAUCCUCUCCAUGAAGAUGGAAAAAGAUGUAUCAGUUCGACAACAAGCUGUUGAUCUCCUAUAUGCUAUGUGUGAUAAGAGUAAUGCCGAAGAGAUUGUUCAAGAAAUGCUCAACUAUCUUGAAACAGCCGACUACUCCAUCAGAGAGGAAAUGGUUCUGAAAGUGGCAAUCUUAGCUGAAAAGUAUGCCACGGAUUACACAUGGUAUGUGGAUGUCAUAUUGAAUCUAAUCAGAAUAGCUGGUGAUUAUGUGUCUGAAGAAGUCUGGUACCGAGUCAUUCAAAUCGUUAUAAAUCGGGACGAUGUACAAGGUUAUGCUGCUAAGACUGUGUUUGAGGCUCUUCAAGCUCCUGCCUGUCAUGAGAACAUGGUGAAAGUGGGUGGCUAUAUUUUAGGUGAAUUUGGUAAUCUCAUUGCUGGCGACCAGCGAUCUUCACCCCUUGUACAGUUCCAGUUGCUACAUUCCAAGUAUCAUCUUUGCUCUCCAAUGACCAGGGCUCUCUUGCUUUCAACUUAUGUGAAAUUUGUCAAUCUAUUCCCUGAAAUUAAACACAACAUUCAGGAGGUAUUCAAGCAACACAGCAACUUGCGAAGUGCAGAUGCUGAGCUACAGCAAAGAGCCUCAGAAUACCUACAACUCAGUGUGAUUGCUUCCACAGAUGUUCUAGCCACAGUGUUGGAAGAAAUGCCUGCUUUCCCUGAGCGUGAAUCAUCUAUUCUUGCUGUCCUGAAAAAGAAAAAACCAGGCAGAGUUCCUGAAAACGAAAUCCGUGAGGGUCGUAGCCCCAAUCCAGCCCUAGCUACAAACCACAACGAUUCGAUUGUCUCACAUGCCAAGCCGUCUGCUGUAUCAGCUAAUGCCUCUGCCGAUCUUCUCGGCCUGUCCACCCCUCCAGCAAACCAACCAACUGCUCCAAGCAACACUGGCAUGCUUGUGGAUGUGUUGGGUGACAUGUAUGGUGGGCAGGGUGGGCAAGCACAACAGAACAGCAGCUUUACUGCUGCCCAAUCCUACAAUCCUAAAAAGUUUGUUUGCAAGAAUAAUGGUGUUCUUUUUGAAAAUGACCUUGUUCAAAUUGGUGUCAAGUCCGAAUUUAGACAAAAUUUGGGCAGGAUAGCUCUCUUCCAUGGCAAUAAGACUCCGUUCCCUCUAGUGAAUUAUGAGACCACUGUUUCAAGUCCAGGUGAUCUGGCAAGCAAAUUGGUCAUUCAGAUGAAACCCAUGGAUUCUGUCCUGGAGGCUGGUGCCCAGAAAUUGCAAGUGUUGAAUGGAGAAUGUGUUGAAGAUUACAUUGAUGCACCCAGUAUGAACAUAUCUUUUAUUUACAACAAUGUUCCUCAGAAGAUAACCAUCAAGCUUCCUUUAACUAUCAAUAAGUUUUUCGAGCCGACAGAAAUGAAUGGAGAGUCAUUCUUUGCUCGCUGGAAAAAUUUGGGAGGUGAUAAGCAGCGUGCUCAGAAAAUCUUCAAAGCUUCUCCACCUAUGGACCUAGCAUCAGCGAGAACCAAGGUGAUGGGCUUCGGCAUGCAAUUGUUGGAUGGAAUAGACCCUAACCCUGACAACUUCGUCUGUGCUGGAAUCAUCCACGCCCGAGCAGCUCAGAUUGGUUGUCUCCUUCGUCUUGAACCCAACAAGCAGGCUCAGAUGUAUCGCCUGACUGUGCGGUCCAGCAAGGAGACAGUAUCGCAAGAAAUAUGUGACCUUCUUGCUGACCAAUUUGAGUGAGCUUCUUUGUCGGAGUUUUAUGCACUGAAGACGACCGUCAUCCCAUUCUUUUAAUGUUGCCACUAUUUUUCAACAUUGUCAUGAAUAGGAUAGAUAAGUCAUCAGUGCCUUCUAACUGUAUAAUUUUUAAAGUCAGUUUGUUAUCAAUGAAUUUUGGAAAGAAGAACCAUUGUCUCAUUAUUCUUUGUGUUGAUCCUCAUGUAUACUUGGAAUUUUUUAAUUUCCAAAGUUGAUGUCCCCUUUGAUAUUAUUCCUCAUUUGGUUUGAAUCCAAGUGUCAUGGUUUGCAUGAAAAAAGAAGUUUGUAUGUUGAUGUUGUUGUUAAAGUUGUAUUGAAUUUUAAGCUAUCCGUACUACAGAAUUGUCUUAAUCCUGAGUUUUUCCUUUGUAUUGUUUUUUUAACUGAUAUUUUUCAUUAAAUGCAAUGUAUUUCUGUAA